AUGGCGAAGAAACAGAGCAAUGUGAGCCGCAGGGCGUGGAACAUCCUCCGCCUGGCGUUGCUCUGGGCGCGAAAAGGCGGCGUCUUCAAGAGACGGCUGGUGAUGGAUCUCCGCCUGGUCCCCAAGUUCAUCAAGAGCAUGGCGCCCGCUUCUUCUUCUUCUUCCUCUGGCGCCCGAAUUGGCUUCUACGGAGAAAGGGAGCUCUCCUUCGACAAGACUCCUCUGUUCCAAGUGAAAAUGCACCGCCCUGCAUCCAUGCGCUUCAUCAUUCCUUGCAUUACUCCCCACCAGGCCGAUUUCGACUACAAUGAUGUCGAUGAUGAUGAGAACAAUGUUUUCUACGGUGAGGGCCGGCCUUGCACUAGCGGAAGGAGGAUUAGCAGUUGCAUAGAUGGCAACGACGGCGACAUUGUUGUUGUUGACGAUGAAGAAGACGACUACGAGGAGCAGUAUUCCGACGAGGAAUGCUCGGUGGUGGAGGAAGAAGAAGCGGAAGGGAUAGACUCUCGAGCCGACAAGUUCAUUGCUCAGUUCUAUGAACAAAUGAAGCUUCAGAGGCAGGUUUCAUACCUGGAGUACCACAAGAACUGA